CAUCUGAUGGAAGUUUUUUCGCCUCUCCGAUAUUCUGGACCCCGAUAAGUCAGAAAGAUGGCUCAGGACAACAGAAGAUUGUUUCCUUUACUCGACACGCUGACUCACAAUGCACGCCUCUAUAGCUGUGGCGCUCGUGCUCAUCUUGCUGGGUGUCUACGUAGCAUGGUGUCGGCCCUUUUAUGAAACAGAUAGGAAGCCUCUCUUCUCGGGACCCAGGCCUCUGCCUUUGCUUGGGAAUGUUCAUCAGAUACCAGCAGACUAUCAGCACAUUACAUUCGCGCAAUGGAGCAACAAGUACGGAGACGUGAUAUUUGCGCGGCUCUUUCUCAAGCCCAUAUUGGUCGUGAAUUCUGUAGAGGCUGCGUGCGAUCUCAUGGAGAAACGUGGAGUCAAGUAUUCAGACCGACCACGUUUUGUUUUCCUGAGAGAGCUCGUGAGAUUGAACACAAAUACUGCGUUGCUUCCAUAUGGCGAGCUGUGGCGCCGUCACCGCCGAUGGCUGCAAGCCGCAGUUCUGGACAAGAACAUGCUUGAUAGCUAUCGUCCUCUCGAAAGGAGAGAGAUUAUCCGACUGCUCAAUGGAUUGAUUCAAACGCCUGACGACUUUUCGUCGCAUCUCAAAGGAUUUGUCGGGGCUCUUGUUAUGGAGAUCGGAUAUGGCCACACUGUAAAGUCGCCCGACAACGAUGAGUUUAUUCGGCUGGCUGAUAGGGCUGUGACGGACGCAUUGGAAGCUGGGAGUCUUGAGGCUACAUUGAUCGACUUCUUUCCUAUCCUGAAGAACAUGCCGUCCUGGAUCCCUGGAGCCGAUUUCAAGAGAAAGGCACUACUUCUAAGAGAAUCGAUGCGAGAGACGAUCGAGGUUCCAUACAGAUGGGUCAAAGAGGCGAUGGCAUCAGGCACGGCGAAGCCAUCAUUCGUUAGUUCAAUCCUCGAAGAGGAGUCCAGGAAAGGGCGACUUAGCCAAGACGACGAAGACAGCAUCAUGGGUGUCGGAGGCAUCCUGUACAGUGCUGGCACUGACACGACAUACACAGUCCUCAUGACAUUCAUCCUCGCUAUGGUACUAUACCCUGACGUCUGCAAGAAAGCACAGGCCGAGAUCGAUAAGGUGGUCGGCAUGGAACGGCUCCCAGACGUUGAUGAUAGAGGUUCGAUGCCGUACCUCGAGCAUGUGCUAUUGGAGGUCUACCGAUGGAACCCUCCCGUCCCUCUUUGCGUGCCUCACCAAGUCAUUGGAGACGACGAGUAUCGAGGCAGAAAUAUACCCUCAGGAACGAUGGUCAUAGCAAACAUCUGGCACAUGGCGCAUGAUCCUGCACUGUAUCCCAACCCAGAGGAUUUCUGCCCUGAGAGAUACAGCGAAAUGGAUGUAUCCUCUGCAGAGUCUAGAGAUCCGCGCAAAUUCGUGUUUGGGUUCGGCCGGAGGCUCUGUCCGGGGCGGCAGUUUGCCGACGUCACAAUUUGGCUUGCGAUCGCAAGCAUGCUCGCCGUGCUGGACAUCAGUAAGGCACGCGACACGGAAGGGAGCGUGAUCACGCCCGUACCAACUUUCGCCUCGGGCGCAGUGAGUCACCCGAAGCCCUUUCGUUGUGAGAUUCGUCCGCGGUCGAUGCACAUCAUGGAAUCGGUCUCACAACUGGCUGCUAGCAUACAAACCCAAGCUUGAUCGACUACAGGUAGGGUGCAUGAGGUAGAGGGCUUCAGGCAUGUUAAACAAAGAGAUGCAUAGAACGUCAUACGUCGAUCUCUGCAGAAACA